CGAGAAACGCGCGUCUCAGUCGGCAAACGUUGGAGCAACACGAGCGAAUGGCAAAUGUUUAACAAGAAAAAAAUAAUAAAUAAUAUAAAAAUAUUGCCAUCAUUUUUAGUACAAUAAGUAUAUACAAAGUUAACUCAACAAAAUGCCCACAGUGCAGGUGUGUCUGCAAUGGGCAGCGGUGGUUUUCAAUGCGUUUACUCUGCUAAUCGGCAUCCUGGCCACGCUGGCUGGCGCCUACGAUUUACUCCACAAAUUGGAGGAGGGAUCAAUGGAGCACAUUGAUAUUGAAAAAAUCGUUCAAUUGUCCAUCACGGGGACGCUCAUCCUGGCUGCUCUCAUUGGCUGCUCGGGCGCCUUUCUGGGCUCCAUUAAAGUGCUUGUUGUGCACAUGACGUUAUUCGCUCUGGUGAUCGGUGCUCAUGGCUGGAAGCUGAGCACCUACAAUGAGAACAGGCACCAGGACACCACAGAAGUGUUCGUCAUGGGCAUUUGGAUGAAGGAGCUGGCACAUCCCGGUGCCAUGUAUCAACUGCAACGUAGAUAUGAAUGCUGCGGUGACAAAGGCUACGCGGACUAUACAAGUCUGAAGCUGAAGGUGCCGCCAAGUUGUUUUCACACCGAUAAUGGUGUCCACGCCUUGUAUCCCUAUAGCGACGGUUGCAUGUCGGCAGUGAAGCGCGAUCAUUUGAAAUUCUAUCGGUUUGAGAAGUGGGCACACAUCGGACUCAUUGGCUAUGAGAUUGUGGGCAUUAUUUUGGCCAUUACACUGAGCUGUCAGCUGACUACUAAAACACGACGGUAUGCCUACUAAAAGAGAACUUAGAUUUAUA